UACCAGCACAAAACGUCAACCGCCGAUUUCGCGACUUGUUUAGCAGUGUUGUGAUGUUUUUUGUGCUUAAAAAUCGCAAAAAUAACAAAUUUUCUUACGAUUAAAAGUUAUAAAAAUGAGUGAUUUGGACUUGGAAAACAUAUGCCGCUUGUGCUGCGAAAAGAAAGGGCGCCUGCGAUCGCUUUUCGAGCAAAAAUCGGCGAAAGUUUCGCUUUCGUUGCAGCAAAUGAUCACGGAUGUAACACGGCUAGAGAUUACACCAGGAGAUGGACUACCACAGAAAAUCUGUAGAUUGUGUACCACUACAUUGGCCAAAAUGUACGAAAGCAUUCAAGAGUAUCGGGAGAACGACUCGAAGCUUCGCCAACGUCUAGUUAAACCGUAUCCACUGGUUGAGAUCAAGGAAGAGGAGGUGGAUAUAGAACAGCUGGAAAACAUAUACAUGCAGGAUUUGGUGAUUGAUAAUAUUUGCAUUAAAAAGGAAGAAGAAGUUAUCGAUAACAAAAAUGAAGAUGCUGACUUGAAUUUUAGCAUAAGCGAAGGCGAUGUUCCAGACACAGUUGGGUCAGAAACUGAUACGGCAAAUGAGGGAUUUCAAGAAGAUGAUGCUGAUGAUGAUGAAUGGAAACCAAGUGAUGAGACCGAAGAAAAGGUAAUCAAACGUAAAAGUCAAAGGAAAAAUUCAAAGGAAAAAAAAACAUACCGUGUUCAGAAAUACUACAGACUGGAGAAUGUCAGUCGUCCACGAUCACAUGACUUUAAAUGUUACAUUUGCAAAAGUGAUUCCUUUGGAACGGGUGAAGCCCUCUUGGUCCAUCUAAAUGGAAGUCAUUUGGGUGUAUUGCCGUACUCAUGUUCAGAAUGCGUCACGGAAAAGGUGGUCAUUAAAACUAUUGUAGCGUUGAAUAAUCACAAACGGCAACACAUGAACCCAGAAAAAUGUCCUUAUUGCGAUAAACGGUACACAUGUAAAAAAGGCGUCGAUUUGCAUAUAUCAAUGCACCACAGGGAUGCCAAUGAUCCGAAUCCUUCACAGUGUGAAUAUUGUGAUAAAGUGUAUCCUACUAAACAGGCCCUUAGAAAUCACAUGAGGAUACACACGUCAGGGUCGACAUGUGAAAUUUGCGGAAAAGUUUUCCUAGAAAGGAACAAACUUAAAAGACACAUCCAGAACUUUCACGAGAAGCUCAAAAAAUAUGAGUGCCACUUCUGCAAGAAGAAAUUAGCUUCGAUGUCCGCUGUUCAAAAUCACAUCAAUACGUACCAUUCAAGUCAGGUAUUCAAAUGCAGCUAUUGUCCAAAGACUUUCAGCUCGAAAAUGACUCACCGGUACCACGAGAAGAAGCAUGUCGAGAACAAAAAUUACGUGGCUACGAAGGACUGGCGAGAAUACUACACAGUUCUCGAUGGCCAAGAAGACAAGCUCUAUAAGUCGAAGAAAUGCAAAAUCUGUGGAAUCGUUACCACCAAUAUAGCACCCCAUCUGACUAAAGCUCAUUUCCCAACGGAGUAUCGGUGCGAAAUCUGUGAUAAAACAUUCAAAACUAAGCCAACGUUUACUGCUCACAUGGAUGUACACGUACAUGGAAAAGUGUAUAAAUGCCCGAUUUGCGGGCGCGAGUUCAAUGAAAAGAGGAAUCUUAUUUCGCACCUUCGCACCAAAAAGCAUCGAAAUCAUCCUUUGGCUCGAGAAAUACUUGGUACCGUCAGAACACCGAAUCCGGCCCAACUAGAGCAGUCUGGCUCAGAGGAGGACGAUGAGAGUACACAGGAAUAAAUAUACAGCUUUAUUAUAAACCAAUGAUAAAAAAAAUCGAAGGGCAGUUCAUUCCAUUACAACAAUACCGAACAAUGAAAAAUGCUGAAAUAUGAUUAUUGCUACUGCUAGUUCAUUGUUUAAUUUAUUUGAAUGAAAUUAAUAAUAAAUCAUUUAUACUGCUUUCACUGCCAACUGCUCCCAGAA